UUGGAAGCAGUGGAACGUAUACUUGAUGCAUUUGGAAGUGCUCGUACGUUGAAGAAUACGCAAGGGACACGAAUGAGUUACUGUAUGGAAAUGUUUUAUCGAAAGUACGCAACACUUUUUGGUUUCUCCGUUCAUACGAUUUCACAACAACAUCAGCAACAGCAAAAGCAAUUACAACAAAUUCAAAUUCACGUAGAGCCUGGUCGAAUUGUUAGUCAACGACCUGGUGAAUGUAAUUACAAUGUAUUUUAUGAGCUCUGUUCAAUUCUGAAUACUAAUGAGAAGCAUAAAUUGGGUCUAAAAAGCGGACAACAACAUUUCUACCUCAAUCAGGUGAGUAUUAAAUAA